CUAUGCAAUAUUCACUUGUCUCUUCAUCUCUCUCUUUCUUACAGUAGCAGAUUUUUGAAGAAUCUCCAAGAUUUCAACAUGGGUAUGGUGGUGGUGAUAUCUCUGCCAUUCAUUUUCUUCUCCAUAUUGCUCGGUCUCGGUUGCUACUUCCUGGGAAGAGCCAGAGGGAGACAAGAUAUCCGAACAAACCCUCAGGUUUUCGGGGUUCCUAUUCCUCCACCCGGCUCAGCCCCUUCUGCUUCUCCUCCUCCUCCGCAGCAUUUCAAGCUUGACAAUUCUGAAAAAGUUUAAGCUUCGAAGCGCCUGCCUUCUGAUUCUUUCAUUCUUUAGUUUCCUCCUCUGGGUUUGUAGAGAACAGUGAUUGUGUUUGCGUGUGCCACUGAUACUUCAUCUCUUUCUGUGUGCAAAAAGUAGAAAAAGCCUAAAUCUGGCCUGAAUAAGACUGAUCCAGUAAAUCUGUUCUA